AUGGACGACUUAAAGAAACUGAUAGAAGCGGGAACUGCAAUGGGGUACGCGGGUGAGGAUCUUCAGAAGUUUGUCAAGGAGCAACAGGCGGUCCAGAGGGAUGUCAGAGCGCUGGCCAGACAAGCUGAAGCAGAGAAGAUGGAGUUGGUAUUACGAGCCAAAGAACAGGAAGAGGCGCACCGGGAUGCUGUAUGGGAGAGGGAAGCAAGAGAGAAGGAAAUACAGCACCGAAGAGACCUUGAACUGAUUGAGGCGAAAGCAAAGGCUGUGACGAAGGGUGUUGAACCGAGGGCACCUAAGCCACCUAAGCUUCCCUACUUCAACGAAACCCAUGAUGACAUGGAUGCAUACCUGCAGAGGUUUGAGAGGUACGCCGAGACCCAGAAGUGGCCGCAGGAACAAUGGGCCAUGAAUCUGAGUGCUCUACUCAAGGGCAAGGCUUUGGAAGUGUAUGCUCGCUUGCCGUCUGAGGAUGCGUUGGACUUCGCGAAGCUAAAGGCUGCCUUGUUGAUCCGAUUUGAGUUGACGGUAGAAGGCUUCAGGAAACGGUUCCGCACCUACAAACCCGAGAUGGGAGAAACGUUCUUGCAAUUUUCUUCAAGGUUGAAAAACUACUUGAUGAGGUGGAUUGAAAUGUCCAAGACCGAGAAAACGUUCGGAGGGAUUAUAGAUUUGCUGUUGAGGGACCAACUCUUGAAUAUAAGCGGUCCUGAACUUCGGUUAUAUCUGAAGGAACGGGCACCAGACUCGGUCAAGAGACUUACCGAUCUGGCAGACCAAUACGUAGAGGCUAGGGGUGGCAACAUUAUGAAUGUGGUUAACCGACCCAGGGUAAGUGGCAGUGGUGUUCCAGCCAAAGAGGGACCCAAGCAGGCGACGAGAGCUGAUAAAUCGCAUGGUGAGAAGCCAAGCCACUUUACCGGUAGUAAGACCUACCCCUACUCGAAGCGACCACUUGUCCCAAUGGCAGAGAGAAUCUGUCAUUUAUGCUCCAAGAAGGGACAUAUCGCACGGGACUGUACAGCAAAGGCCUCAGUAGCAGUAGAUGAGAAUGGUCAUGAGAAAGAAUCACUCAAUACAGCAGUAGGAUCAUGCUGUAUCACUACACCUGUGUAUAGCCCGUCGAUUGUCUCGACGAGUAAAUCGGAGGAAACUGUAAAGACAUCCCCUAGUUGUGGCCUAUGCAUGCCCGUGACGAGAGGAUUGGUUGGAAGCGAGGAGGUGAGUGUCCUCCGGGAUACAGGAUGUAGUGGGGUGAUAGUACGGCGAAGUAUGGUGAAUGACGCUGAAACAACAGGGAAAACGCAACGCUGUAUGCUUGCGGACGGAACUGUUCGUCUUGUGCCAACGGCUGAAGUAACGAUUGAUACGCCUUUCUUCAAGGGGAGGUGUAAGGCAAUGUGCAUGGAAAAUCCUGUCUACGACCUUAUAGUUGGAAAUAUCGACGGCGCUAGGGAUCCAACAGACCCAGACCCGGGAUGGUCACUCGUCCACGCAGUCAUCACUAGAGCACAAGCCCAGAGGGAGGCCCGUCCACAGUCGACAUUAAAGGUCCCGUGUGUUCCGCCCCAAAUUGGAGAUGCAGACGACUUCAAGGAGGCGCAACAGGACGACAAGUCUUUAGAGUUGCUGAGAGUAAAGGCGAGGGAUGGAGUAGUCAAGACGGGUAAAGGAGGCAGGGUGACCGAGUUCAAGCUCAAGAGUGGACUUCUGUAUCGUGGUUUCCACUCACCUACAGUACAGAAUGGGAAAGUAUUCAACCAGUUUGUUGUACCUACUGGUUACCGAGAUGUGGUCAUGAAGUAUGCGCAUGAGACUCUCCUAGCAGGGCAUCUGGGAAGCAGGAAGAGUGGGGACCGGCUCCUGUCACAAUUCUUCUGGCCCGGUGUGCAUGGUGACAUUGCAAGGUUUUGUAGGUCAUGCAGUAUAUGCCAGCGUACGACUCCGAAGGGACGGACAGUGAAAGUUCCAUUGGGAAACAUGCCUGUAAUCGGUACACCAUUCCAACGGGUGGCAAUUGAUCUCGUGGGGCCUAUCUCCCCUCCGACCGGAAGUGGCCAUAGAUACAUUCUCACAUUGAUGGACUAUGCGACGAGAUAUCCAGAGGCGACUGCCCUUCGAAAGAUCGACACAGUUAAUGUUGCGGAAGCUCUGCUUGACAUGUUUAGUAGGGUUGGGAUACCACCCGAGGUGUUGUCUGAUCUUGGGACACAGUUUGUGUCAGAUUUGAUGAAGGAAGUAAGCCGGUUGUUGUCAUUCUCACAGCUCACCACGACUCCAUAUCAUCUAAUGUGCAAUGGACUGGUUGAGAAGUUUAACGGGACACUGAAGUCCAUGCUACGAAGAAUGUGCUCAGAACGACCCAAGGACUGGGAUAGGUACCUCAGCUCAGUCUUGUUUGCUUACAGGGAGGCUCCCCAAGAAUCACUAGGAUUUUCACCCUUCGAGUUGCUGUAUGGCAGAACAGUGCGUGGACCAAUGACCAUACUGAAGGAGUUUUGGACCAAGGAGAUCCCUGACCCUAAGAUACGGACCACGUACCAGUACGUCCUAGACCUGAAGCAGAGACUGGAAGACACUUGCGAGUGGGCACAUGACCAGUUGAAGCUCGCAUCUGCACGACACAAGGCCUACUACAAUCGUAAGGCAAGGGUGCGACGGAUGAAGGUUGGGGCCAAGGCCUUAGUGUUGCUACCGACCAAGUCGAACAAGCUAUUGAUGCAGUGGAAGGGACCAUUUACGAUUACUGAGGUUGUGGGUGACAUGGAUUACCGGUUGAAUGUACAUGGCAAGGUAAAGACGUUCCACGCCAAUAUGUUGAAGGAAUUUAUUGCGCGACCAGAACAAGCAGCAACUGUUGCAGUGGUGGAUGAUGAUGACGAGUGGGAACAGGAUGGACAAGUAUGUGGAAGGUUGCCUGCUUUGCACCCGAGGUUGCUGUGCCCUAGUAGUGAGACGGUGAAGGAUGUUCAUGUUAGUGAUAAGUUAUCCACAUCGCAGAAGCAACAGGUUGAGGAGUUGUUGACAUCUUUUAGUGAUGUACUGUCAGACCAACCCGGCCAGACAACUUUGAUCGAGCAUGACAUAAAGACUACAACGGAUAAUCCAGUGCGGGUAAAACAGUACCCACUACCUUACAGUAUGCAGUCCACAAUAAUUAAGGAAAUGGAGACGAUGCUGCAGAUGGGAGCGGACUACCUCAGUCGAACCUCGUAG